AUGUCGUGUGCACUAGAGUUGCUUCCGAGCGAGAUACUGGACCAAAUCAUUUUCUUUUUAAUCACAGAGCCUCCUUCACUAGGACGGCACAAUCGAAGACCAGACCGACAUAUUGCCCAGUCCAAAAAUAGAGAUCUCAAGAAUCUUGUGCAAUGUUCACGUCGCUUGUUGUAUGUCGUGCGGCCUCGGCUAUUCACCCACGCAUGCGUAGACUUAAAGGAUGAAUGUGGAUUUAAAGAUUUCAUUCUUGCCUCAGAUCUAGCGCGACAUGUGCAGUCUCUCGUGGUGAUCAGUGAAGAGUCGUUGAUUCAUCCGCUCAUACAACCUUGGUGGCAUCGGACUUUCAGUUUUAUAGACCCGACGCGUGUAACCGUCCACGCGCCACCGCUCUUCAUCGGUAACACCCUGGACAUUCCUAUAGUGGACGCCGAUGACGAAGCUUUCGAUAUUCAUCUCCAAGCUUUGCAGUUAGAACGCGAAGGUACACCCAGUGUCACAAAUUCCCUCCCACUAGAAAACUGCAAGAAUCUACUUCUGGCCCGUCCAUGGACAUCCAUGUCCAUAAACGAAUCAUCAUUCAUGAAAUCCUAUAGCAAUGAUGAAUAUUUUCUACUGCAAGCUCCCUCCAUAUUUAAAUGGUGGAGCAAGCAAGCUAUACCGGAAUCCCCGUCACCACAAAUCUCGACUAUGAUAUACGGGAUCACUUCUUUUUCCUAUACUGCUGUCCUGCCUUCUUAUAACCACGUGAAGCUUAUGCUUGAUUCCCUAUCUGCAAUGCCAGGUUUACAAUUUUUGAGUGUGCAAUUGGCCUCCGACACGGACGAUCAGGUCCAACAGAUCCGUUGGCCAGGAGGGACGAAUUAUAACUUCCACGUCUCGUGGGGUGAAUUUGCAACCGCUUAUUCGCUGAUCAUCUACGAGGUUGUUCAUAAACAAUCUCUGACCGAGUUUCAAAGCCGAGACUGUGCCCUUGAGGUCAUCCCAGCGGAUCUUACUUCUGGGCUCGAUGUUGAUCUCAAAAAAGAGAACUGGGCUCUUCAAGGGGCUGGCCUUUGGAGGCGACGUAAGUAG